AUGGAGACUGCUGGUCGUAUCUCGAUUGACCAGUGGCUGGCAAAUGUGUCACCAGGAGACCAAGGAGGGGUCAUUGCUCAUGAUCAAGAUCGUACGGAUGCAUUUGUCUCAAACGGAGGUCCUCAGCUGCCUCCUAUGCCGCUGGAAACAGGAACUACUACAUUCGCUCCCCAACAACCACGGCUGAACAAGCGCCAUCGAGAUGAGCUGGAUGCAGGUCUAGACCGUCCAGAACAAUCUGAUGGCCCGAGGAAGAAAAUUCACAGUUAUGAUCGAAACCCUCGGCGGAAACCCCGAGAAGAUCGAUAUGAAUAUCAAACAACUUGCGUGGCCACUGGGCAGGUUCAUGGGGGGAGGAAACCCAAAAGAACCAAAAAAUCCAAGCGCCGAGCUAGAAAUCAAACGACAAAUGUCGGAUUUCAUGCGCCAAAUGUGGCUCGAGACAGGCUGACGCUCCAGCCAUUCGCCAUGUUUGGUAUAUUCAGCAAGAGAAAAUCUUCAUCUCCAAUUAAGCUAUUCCAAGAUCAGUAUCAUGAAACGUGCAAUGAAGACAGAUCAAUCAAACCGAAUGAUCUCCCCUCGACAAUAUCGGGUCUUACAUUUUCAGAAACAUACUCUUCCUUUGGCCAGAGGCAGAUACCCUCGAAGUCCUCUACAUCCAAUAGAAUCGUGCUGGGGCCACUGGAGAUGGACUACCAUCCAUACGGGAAUAUAUUGAUUCAUCGCUCUGAUGCUGAUAAAUGGUCGUCGAAGCCGGUCACAAACUUGCGGAACUCAGGAUCGAUCAAGUCGACCAACGCGCAAAAUGAAAAUCGCGCCAUGGCUGUGAAGUUGAGGGAAUCUCAGGAACCGUCCAGCCCAAAACUGAUAUUCCCCGGGGCCGCAUCUCAAGGCAAUUGCGCGCAGCAAGGGGUUCUGGAGGCCAGCAAGCAGGCCUGCCUUCCAGAGUCUCAGUCUGCUACCCCAUAUGCAUGGUCUGGAAGUGAGCUCUACCAGCCACGGCUUGAUAGCUCGAUGGAAGAUACUCUUCUGGCUGUCUUUGACAUCAAGAUGCUAGCACAUACCAGCGAACAAAGCAAAGCUGUCCACUUGGACCGAAGAUACUAUGAACUGAAAGACCUCCAGGCAAUCUUAGAGGUCAGAAGAGAAUUGUGGGAAGAAGAGGCAAGUGGAGGUGGCCCAACGACUUUUCUAUUCCCAUAUUCCAGUUCCCGACUUGACCACACGACAUACAAAUCACAAGACGGGCGAAGGAACCGGAAAUUCCAUGCUAGGAGGGUGAUUGAGGAAUACCUAUCAGAUAGUGAUCAUCUCUUUCAACAGCUGGGUAUGCUCUUUCAGGAAGUUGUUAGCUCCCAAGAUGGAAGGCCGACUCUCGAGGGGGAGCAGCUAGAAAUACCUCCGCCUCGACCAGGACCCCCGCACGACCUCAAGACAGAUUUUGUCAUUUUUAGCUCCAAUAGCCUAAAGGAAUCUCGUUAUGGUCCUCGUCAUAUGGCCCCGUGCGACGAUAUCGGGAUAGAUACUGACACAUCUGCAUCGCUUCGUGAAACGCAAUCGAUUUUUCGAGCUUUAACACAAAGCUCAAGUUGCAACAAAAAUGAUUUACCGAUCUUGCUACCGACAAAUUCUUUGGACCAGCAACUGAUGACCCAACAGCCUUCUUUCAAGGGAGGCGCCAGCCGACGCGGGCCUCCGAUGAGGCACUCUACUCCCGAACAGAAUACGAUCCCGCUCGGUUUUUGGCGACAAAACAAGUUGUAUUAG